AUGUUUACUCAUACUAAGGAUCAUGAUGGAAAGACGUUUCAAGUUGACAAAGCUAAAGAAGUUCAUGAUUUGUUUGUGUCACGACGUGCGGAUUUGGCACUACUGGGAGAGGAAGUUGAUGAAAGUGAACUAUUUUAUACAGUUGUCGGAGGACAUGACCGUAAGAGAAGAAUUUAUGAGCUUGGAUCAUAUGGCAGGUCCAUUUUGCCUGAAAUUUCUUCUCAAACAUGCACUUCACCGGAUACAACUUCUGAAAAACAUCAUAUUGAGACCAAGAUUCAAAAACUAGAGGUAACCAUAGAGCAACAAAGGAUGGAGUUGAAUGAUGUGAGAAACAUGAUAAAUGAUAUAAGAAGCACAAAUAACCAGUGA